GCCUUGCUCUUCUCUCUCUCUCUCUCUCUCCUCGGGAGGGAGCGAGGCUUCUCCCCCAGCUCGCCUCCGCUUUACCUUUGCGCUAUAUAACCUCUGUGGGGAUUCGGAAAGCAGCAGGCGGGCCUCUCGCCGAGUUUGAACCCCACCCAAAAACCCCAUCUUUCUCUCUCCCCACUCCCCCGCCGCCGCCUCUUCAACUCCAAGCUCCAACCCUCUCCGUCUCCGAUCAAAUGCGGCGAGAUCUGCGCUCCUGACCUCGGCAGUGAAGAAACAAAACAUAUCUUGCUGUGUGUGAGCUGCAAACUCCACGAAGAUGGAUCAGUAUGAGGUUUUGGAGCAGAUUGGAAAAGGAGCAUUUGGCUCCGCUCUGUUGGUGAGGCACAAGGUGGAGAAGAAGAAGUAUGUGCUGAAGAAGAUCCGGCUUGCGCGACAAACCGACCGCACUCGCCGGUCUGCACACCAGGAGAUGCAGCUUAUUGCGACAGUGAGAAAUCCAUUCAUUGUGGAGUACAAAGAUUCAUGGGUAGAAAAGGGAUGCUAUGUCUGCAUUAUUAUAGGUUACUGUCAGGGAGGAGACAUGUCUGAAGCUAUUAAAAGAGCAAAUGGUACCUAUUUCUCUGAGGAGAAGCUUUGCAAGUGGCUCGUACAGCUCCUAAUGGCUCUAGAUUACUUGCAUGCAAAUCACAUUCUCCACCGAGAUGUGAAGUGCUCCAAUAUUUUUAUUGCCAGAGACCAAACUAUAAGACUCGGUGACUUUGGGCUUGCAAAAAUAUUGACUUCUGAUGAUCUGGCAUCUUCUGUGGUAGGAACACCAAGUUAUAUGUGCCCAGAACUUCUUGCUGAUAUACCAUAUGGUAGCAAGUCUGAUAUUUGGUCUCUAGGAUGCUGUAUAUACGAAAUGACAGCUCUCAGACCUGCAUUUAGAGCUUUUGACAUGCAAGCUCUGAUUAACAAGAUCACAAAGUCAAUAGUAUCACCAUUACCCACAAAAUAUUCUGGUCCCUUUAGGGGACUUAUCAAGAGCAUGCUGCGGAAAAGUCCAGAGCACAGACCAAGCGCUGCAGAACUGCUCAAGCAUCCACAACUUCAGCCUUAUGUGUUUCAAGUCCAACUGAAAUCUAGUCCUACUCGCAAUAUGCUUCCUAUCCAUGAAUGUCUGACUGACAAAGUUAAGAAGAUGACAUAUCCUGAUGAUGUUGCUGAUUCCGCGCGCAGAAGAAUGGCCAGGAGAAAUUCCUUGGGAAGUCAGAGGACUGUAACAUUUAGCAAACCAUCUCCUGAGCGGAACUCUGUCAGCUCUAUACGGAGCAUCAAAGAAUAUACAACUACCCAGAGUUUCAAAGAGUUAUCCAUUGACAGCAGCCAGGCUGAGGAAGAGGUUACUAGUAAAGCCAUGAUAACGAAGACACCAAGCAUCCUGAGGACUCCCAAGAGUAUUCCAGCCAAGACAUUCACAGGCAGAAAUCGGUUUGAAACUCCGAAAUCAUCUUAUACCAGAACAAGCCGUACUGAGCUGCCCUCAACAACAUCUCUAAGCAAAAGCGCUCCUGCUCGAAGGGUAUCCCUCCCGCUGUCGACAUAUGAAACAACACCAAUCAAGCGCAGCAUCAGCAUUCUGGACCAGCUAGGCGGCUCCCCCGAUGUCUCUGUGAACGCACCCCGAAUUGACAGGAUUGCAGAGUUCCCACUGGCUUCAUCGGAAGACCCCUUCCACCCCAUCCACAAGCUCUCAUCAGCCCACGGCUCCUGCUCUACCCCUCCCUCUGUCAACCAGUCGAUCACCAAGGACAAGUGCACGAUCCAGGUGCUGCGCACGGCUGACGGGGACAACGGGAGUGACUCCUCGGGCCGCAACGCCACGGCCGCCUCAAGCCGGGGCUCCAAUGACUCGAGGCUGCAGCGGUUCGACAUGUCGUCGUUCCAGCAGCGUGCGGAGGCGCUGGAGGGGCUCCUGGAGUUCAGCGCGCAGCUGCUACAGCAGGAGCGGUAUGACGAGCUGGGCAUCCUGCUGAAGCCCUUUGGCCCCGAGAAGGCAUCCCCCAGGGAGACUGCCAUCUGGCUGACGAAGAGCUUCAAGGAGACGACGUAGCGCACCACCCCCAUCUCUUUACGGUCGCCAUUUUUGUAAACGUAAUGCGCGACGAUGUAGCUCAGGUCAGGUUAGUUAAGACUUGUUAGGACUGAAGUUUUAGGUGCUGGGAACACCAUCUCAGUGUUGCCCUAACUUAAGGUUACUUGUUAGCUAGUAACCCCCCCUAGCUAGUUCACUAGUAGUACCUAGUAGUAGAGAAUUGUACUACUCCAAGUUGGAAUUCUGGAUCUGGCAAUGUCUUAAAACCCUUGUAGCCAUGCUGCCCCCUUGCAAUGAAUCAUGUCAUGAUCCUAUUGCCAGGAUCCAUCCA